UGUGUCCUCGCCCGGAGAGACCCGGAGAUGGUGUUGUGGAUGGCGGUCAGCUGACCAUGUCAUGAUGGCAUACUCCCGUGUACAAUAAUGGACGUACUUAUCCGCCGCUUUCUUCGAGGUGUCUCGUCUCUUCCUCUCUACAGCAAGAUAGGGAACUCAUGAUAAAGCGCUUCUUGCUGUUUUUGCCCCUACUAAACUAGAGUGUCUCUGUGAGCCAUUGGCGGUGUACUAUCUAUCUCGGAUGAAAAUGGCGGCGUCAUCUUCUUCUGCCUCCUCUUCGCAGAACAAACCCAAGGUGGGGAUCUUAUCGAUCGGUGAUAUGGGCAUGGGCAUCGCCCGACUCCUCCGCCACCACGACUAUGCGGUAUACACAGUUGCUACGGGAAGAAGCCAACACACACUUGACCGCAUCAACCGGGCACAAAUCAUCUCUCUCGCGACAGACGAAGAGCUCGUGGCCGAAGUCGAUAUUUUACUCAGUAUCGUUCCUCCACGAGACGCGGUGGCGACAGCUCGUCGAGCCCUGGAAGCCAGCCAGUCCGCGUUGGCGAUGAAGCGACGCAGCGAACGAGUCAGCGAAAACAACGACACCAGUGGCAGUACCACUACAGAGCCAUCAGCAGCAUCAGCAACUCGUACUACAACAACAACGGACAGUACCAGUACCAACAAUCUAGUCUACAUCGACUUGAACGCCAUCAGCCCGAAAACCGCACGAACCAUUGCGUCCAUGUUCAGCAAUAGCAACAGCACAACAAACACGCCAACCGCGAAAUCACCACCACCUCCUUCAUCUCCCUCUUCCUCCUCACCAUUCUCUCUCGCCCGCCGCUCUUUUUCCUUUCACAGACGAGAAUCCGAGCCCCAAUCAGUCGAGUCCACCCUACCUCCAAUCACAAUCUCCUUUCUCGACGGCGGCAUCAUCGGCUCCCCUCCCUCCUUGCGCGAAGACAAAUCCUGGAAACGGCCAUCGAUAGUCAUAUCCGGCCCUCCAGCCGCACAGCAGCUAGUCGACCCGAAUCUCGCACGCCUCCUCAACGUCCGAAUCGUCGGCGACACCAUCGGCCCCGCAUCAGCGCUAAAAUCAUGUUUCGCAGCCCUAUCAAAGGGAACCAUCGCCCUGGCCAUUUUAUCAUUCACCACCGCGCACACAUGCGGCGUGUUGCCGGCUUUAACAGACCAUUUGGAAGAGUUUAACCCCGCCAUGCUAGCUUAUGCGCGUGGUGGACUCACAAAUAUGCCGCCCAAGGCGUACCGGUGGGUCGAGGAGAUGAGACAGAUUAAUGAGACGUUUAGUGUUGAAGGGGGGUUUAGUGAGGACGUCCUAGGAGAGUCUGGUCAUGGUGGUCAUCACCAUGGUACUGAGGGAGAAGGGUCAGGAGGAUCAGGACAGGUCUUUGAUGCCAUUGCAGAAGUCUACAAACUUGUUGCGGAUGAUACUGUCCUGGGCGAGGAGAAAACAGAAAAAAGAAAGAGGGGGACUACGCUUGAAGAUGUGGUCGAGUGUGUGAGUGAGGGGAUUGUGCGGAAGAAGAGGAAGGGCGGGAAUAAUGGUGAGUUGGAGGCUGCUUGGAGGGGGAGUUGGUCUUGAUUUGAGCAAGAUACUGGACAUAUGUAUUGGACAUACUACAUACUACAGACUUGAUAUUGUCGAGAUGCGGUAGAGUACAUAGCUGGUUCGUUUGACGAUUUCAUGAAUAUCAUUUAUCAUUAGAGUACGGUGGAUGUCUUGGUCGUGAGUCUCAAGUCGGUAGAUAGGUAUUAAGCUGAUACUACGUGUGUAGUAUGUAUGCAUUCGUGGCAAAAUAGAUUAUAUUAUUCUAACCAAGC